UGCGCAUGCUCGCUACGACACUUGAUUGACUCCUGCGGAUGGGUAGAAAGGUGAGGAAAUAAUAAUAUCUGAGCUCAGUGUGUAAAUACAAACAGCUUUUGGGAGCUCUGUAGUGACUUUUGAACGUCAUUCGGUCCGAGAAAAGCGACAGGAACUCAGUUGAAUCGUUAAAGACGCGCAGCGGAUCGCUGAUAUUUUGUUUACUGUUACAACUACGCACGCGGUUUUAACUUUUUGUGUUGACGGCAACUUUGUGAUGUUGUCACUGAUAUUUUGCAGUGCUUUAAAGCUUUAAAGCGCCUGAAGACGCCAUUUUUUUUAUCAAGGAUAUGGGAUUUACCGGUUCGAUGAAAGUGCUGCUUCUUGAACCUGCUCGCACACUGUAACGCUUUUUUUUUUUUUUUUUUUUUUUUUUUUUUUAAUAUCCAUGGAGUCUAUUGGGAAGUUUGAGUUCAGCAGGAGAGACCUUAUUGGUCACGGUGCCUUUGCAGUUGUGUUCAAAGGCAGACAUAAAGAGAAACGUGACUGGGAAGUUGCUGUGAAGUGUAUUAACAAGAAAAACCUUUCCAAAUCACAAGCUCUGCUUGGCAAAGAAAUCAAAAUAUUAAAGGAACUCAAACAUGACAACAUUGUCCGACUCCUUGACUAUCAGGAAUUGGGAGGAUGUGUGUACCUCGUCAUGGAGUACUGCAAUGGAGGUGACCUCGCAGAGUACCUUCACUGCAAAGGGACAUUAAGUGAGGACACCAUCCGUGUGUUCCUGCAGCAGAUAGCUCAGGCCAUGAAGGUCCUUCAGAGCAAAGGCAUCCUCCACAGGGACCUCAAACCCCAGAACAUUUUGCUCUGCCACGCAGAGGGGCGCAGAUCCAGUUCUGUCAAUACCAGCAUUAAGUUAGCUGACUUUGGAUUUGCACGUCAUCUCCAGACAAACACUAUGGCAGCGACUCUGUGUGGUUCUCCCAUGUACAUGGCUCCUGAGGUCAUCAUGUCCCAAAACUACGAUGCCAAGGCUGAUCUGUGGAGCAUAGGUACCAUUGUUUACCAGUGUCUGACUGGAAAAGCGCCAUUUCAUGCCAGCACACCACAGGAGCUUCGUCUUUUCUAUGAAAGCAACAGGACCCUUUUACCAAGCAUCCCAAAGGAGACUUCAAGUAACCUAAGACACCUGCUGCUGGGGCUGCUGCAGAGAAACCACAAACAACGAAUUAGCUUUGAUGAGUUCUUCCACCAUCCUUUCUUGGAGACGAGCUCAUCCACAAAGAAGUCCUCGCCAGCUCCCCUGCACUCCUACCCCAGCUCUGGCUCAGGCAGCUCUUCUAGCAGCUCCUCCACAUCCCAGCUGGCCUCGUCUCAACAUUCCGAUGGAGAGUUGCACCGGCUUCAUCCUAAGGUGCUGUGCUCGCCUACACAGGGCGCCCCUGGCUUCCUGCUGAAAGAAAUAGCCAAUCAAGACAGCAGAAACGCACCAUCUUACACAGAAGAUUAUGUCAUGGUGCCUGCUCAGUUUCCCAGUGAAUACACAUGUGAGGUGGAUGGGUCUCCCAUCGAUAGUUGCCUGAUAUACAGUGGAUGUUCACUGCUGGCCGAGAGAGGACCUGGAGCUCCGGGAACGACACCCCCACCUUCUCCCCUGCUACGCUCACCCUCCAAGCCUGUUUGCAAACCUGCUGAAUUAGUCGGUCGUACGUGCAGCCACUCCGUGCCCAUUCCUGUCCCAACUCAGAUCCAAAACUACCAGAGAAUGGAGCAGAAUUUGCAGCCCGCUGGCUUGCAUGGCUCCACAAGGGUCACAUUAUGUUGUGCUGGCAGCAGUGAAAGCCCCUCACCGUCUGGAGGGUGUAGAGCUCUGCAUCAAGGCUUUACUGUCAAUUCCCCAAAGCUGGCAACUGGAGGAAGUGGACCACAACAGCCCUGCCCACUAGUGGGAAUGACCCCGAAGGCCUCAGAGCAGACUCUCCCACUCAGCACAAGAACUGGACUACUCACUGGCUCUCCUGGCAUGCAGGCCACAUACAGAACCAAGCAGCAGGUUCAGCCCAGACUGCUAGCCCGAAACAAGACGGUCCCAAACCUGCAAAGCCUCGACCCGUCUCCUGCCUCUCAGUCCAAAUCAGCCAAUAAGAAGGGCCCUUUUAAAAGAUCGUGCAGCUCAGGCAGGCUGUCUGAUAUGCUACUGAAGGCGGCUCAUCUGUUGGAGGAGGGAAGUGAUGAGAGCCUCAACUGUGAGAGGAGCAUGGACAUUGCAGCUCCACCUACUGGUUGUCUUAGGGUUUUUCCAUGCUCAGAAAGCCCACCUCCUGCAAUCUUCACUAUGGGGUCUCCAUCCAAUGCAAACACUCCACCAGAUACUGUGGUACCCAGGACCAUCUCAGGUUCCCCCGGCUACAUUAACUCUGCCUGGCUACUUAACAGUCGCCUUCUCCAAAGAGGAAGUCGUAGAAACAGUGAGACUGAAGCCAUGGAUGCUAUUCCACACAGCAGUCUGAUUUUUCACCCACCGGAGCUCCCUGAAGAUACUCUCAUGGAGGAGACUCAUACCGAUGCUCUGAGUGACCUGCGUUUUACUUUGGCUUUCGUCCACUGCAUCAUGGAACUUGCUUCUUCCAAGGAUCCAGGCCUGGAUGCUAUCAGCUGUCCUGAUGUUUCCUUUCUAGAGCAGAGCUUGGUAACGGAUCAGAUCAGCCUUUUGAGUAAAGAGUGGAGCUUUGCAGAGCAGUUAGUGUUGUACAUGAAGGCUGAAGAGUUUCUGUCAUCAGCCUUACACGCUGCUAAAGCAAACAUUAAACAAGGUCAACUCCUUCCCUCUGCUACAGUCAAGCAAGUUAUAAGGAAGCUAAAUGAAUUGUACAAGAACUGUGUAACAUAUUGUCGCUCCCUCAACAAUCGGCUACAGACCUUCUUGCUUGACAAACAGAAGCUUAUGGAUCGCUUCAGUGCACUCACAGCAGAGAAGAUCAUCUUUGACCACACCGUACACAUGGUUCAGUCUGCUGCUUUAGAUGAGAUGUUCCACUGUGGCACAGCGUCCGUCCAGCGUUAUCACAAAGCCCUCCUGCUGAUGGAAGGUCUGGCCCGAAACCUCUCGGAGCAAAAGGACAUCGACAACAUGGAUAAAUGUAAGAAGUGUAUUGAGCAACGCCUCUCAGCUCUGCAGACAUAACACUAUCAGUGAGCUCUAUGACUGCGUCCAUCCUCAAUGUAGAUGGAUCCUGCAACACAUAAGCACUUUGAUCUCUCUUACGGGAAAUGACCAUUGGAGCAUCCGCUCUUAUCCCACCACCCAGUCUGUAAUCUUGACAUAAAUGCACAGAAAUGACUAGAUGUCCUGUCGUGGACACAUUCUUGAAGAUAGACUGAAUUAGGACUGUUUGAAUACUAAUCAGGUAAAUUGUUCUCAGUAUUUGUUUUUGUUGUUUUAUUACAGACUUUACAGUAGAGUGAUUCAGUGUUUUGCACAUAGAAUUGUUUGAUAAUGUACAAGUGAUUUUAAAUGUGUUAUACUUGAAACAAAUAUUAUUUAGUUGUUUCCUGUGUUUGAAAUCUUUGUGUGUAAAUGUUUGCCUGACGACAGAAGGAGAAUGUUUCGGAUGAGAUGACCAAAUAUUGCCAAUGUGUAGCAAUACUAGCAACACUGUGCCUGUUUUUGUACAUUAUUCAUCAUAGCAGAGUGGUGAGUGUAAAGGUUAUCAAAGUACGCUUCGUCCUCAAAGAAAAUGUUUGCUCUCAUGAAUGCUAGUCUUACAAUCAUACAGACUUAUACCACUGUAGAGUGCAAUAAGUAUGUUUUGACAUCUGAAUACGAUUUCAGCCCUCUCAUGGGUAGUGAUGUACUCAGUUCUGAGGUGCUUUAAACGCAUGCAUAUAUGUGUGCACACAAGUUUUGCUGUUUUUGUUUUAAAAUUUUAAGUAAUUUUGCCUUCAUAGAUGUUUGGGUUAAUUAAAUAAUUUAUUAAUUAAUUUGUACAUAAUUCUUGCCUGAUAGGACACUAGGUUGUUUCAAUUACAUAUUCAAUAUUUUGUGAAAAUGUGUGUUAAAUCAGGAGUUUGUUAGAAUUGCUCCAACUGCCUUUUGUAUUUUAACUUAUAGUCUACCAGUCAAAUUUGCCAGAAUGACUUGACAGUGUGAGAACAAAAUAAAUUGUAUUUAUUAUCAGAA